AUGAUCCUCGGAACGGUUGCCCUUGCAUACGGAUCUGUACCUCUUUACAAAAUGAUCUGCCAACAGACCGGUUGGGGUGGUCAGCCUAUCCUCACCCACCGAACCGGAGACGGCGAUACCUCUGCACGUGUGACACCAGUGACAGACUCUCGUCGUCUACGCAUCACAUUCAACGGGUCGGUAUCGGAUGUCCUCCCUUGGAAGUUCACUCCCCAGCAGCGCGAGGUCCGAGUGCUACCCGGCGAGACAGCGUUGGCAUUCUACACCGCAACAAAUAAGGGCCCGCAGGAUAUUAUUGGAGUCGCAACAUACAGUGUCACGCCAGGUCAGGUUGCGCCGUACUUUAGCAAGAUCCAAUGUUUCUGCUUUGAGGAGCAGAAGCUCAAUGCGGGAGAAUCGGUCGAUAUGCCUGUUUUCUUCUUCAUUGAUCCUGACUUUGCUACCGAUCCUAACAUGAAGGGUAUUGAUACUAUUACCCUUUCAUAUACCUUCUUCAAAGCGAAAUAUGAUGACAACGGUGUUCUGACGCCAAUCGCAUCAUAA